CCGCGCCCGCCCCGAGGAGGAGGGGCCCCCGCCGGGGUCCGCGCCACGCCCGGGUCCUCGGUGGGCAACAGGGAACCUAGGAGGACGACCCCUACUCCCUUCAGUGAGAGGAGCCGGAGAGCUUUGUUCCGGACCGCAGGACGGGAGGGCGCGUGUUGAUGGCUUGCACGCUGCAGCUUGUAAAGCAUUUGUGAAUACUGGGGGAGUCAUCCGUCCUGAUUCUGAUGCAGCUGAGGAAAAUGCAGACCAUCAAGAAGGAGCAGGCAUCCCUGGAUGCUGGCAGCGGUGUGGACAAGAUGAUGGUGCUCAACCCCACGCUCACCGAGGUCUCGGAAGACCUGACGGCGGGCGAAGAGCUGCUGUUGAACGAAGGCAGCGUGGGGAAAAGCAAGUCUUCCGCGUGUCGGAGGAAACGGGAGUUCAUUCCCGACGAGAAGAAGGAUGCCAUGUAUUGGGAAAAGAGGCGGAAAAAUAACGAAGCUGCCAAGAGGUCCCGGGAGAAGCGUCGGCUGAAUGACCUGGUUUUGGAGAACAAGCUGAUCGCCUUGGGAGAAGAAAAUGCUACUCUGAAAGCCGAGCUGCUGUCCCUAAAAUUAAAGUUUGGUUUAAUUAGCUCUACGGCCUACACCCAAGAGAUUCAGAAACUCAGUCACUCCACGGCCGUGUACUUCCAAGACUACCAGGCGUCCAAAGCCAGCGCCAGCCCCUUCGUGGAUGAGCAUGAGCCCUCGAUGGUGACAAGCGGCUGCAUUUCGGUCAUCAAGCACUCCCCGCAGGCCUCCCUGUCUGACGUCUCCGAAGUGUCCUCGCUGGAACAUUCUCAGGACGGGGCAGCGCGGGGUGGCUGCGGGAGCCCCGAGGGCAAGUUCCAGGCCAUCAAGCAGGAGCCGGUGGAACUGGAGAGCUACGCGAGGGAGCCUGGCGACGAGCGGGGCGCCUACCGGGCCUCCGUGUACCAGAACCUCAUGGGGACCGCCUUCCCCGGCUACUCGCACUCUCCCCCUCUGCUGCAGGUGGCCCGCUCCUCCAGCAACUCCCCCCGGACCUCGGAGACGGACGACGGUGCCGUGGGCAAGUCCUCGGACGGCGAGGACGAGCAGCAGGUGCCCAAGGGCCCCAUCCACUCGCCCGUGGAGCUUCAGCGCGUCCACGCCACCGUGGUUAAGGUUCCAGAAGCGAACUCCUCGGCCUUGCCGCACAAGCUUCGCAUAAAAGCCAAAGCCAUGCAGAUCAAGGUGGAGGCCUUCGACCACGAGUUCGACGCCACGCAGAAACCGUCCUCGCCUGUCGACGGGGCGCCUAAGAGACAUUUCGAACUCGAGAAGCACCCGGGCCCCGGGAUGGUACAUUCUUCCCUCACCCCUUUCUCAGUGCAGGUGACCAACAUUCAAGAUUGGUCUCUCAAAUCAGAACACUGGCACCAAAAAGAACUUCAUGGCAAAACCCAGAACAGCUUCAAAACGGGAGUUGUGGAAAUGCAAGACAGUGGCUACAAAGUGUCUGACCCGGAGAAUUUGUUUCUGAAGCAGGGCAUAGCAAACUUAUCCACAGAGGUGGUCUCACUGAAGAGACUCAUAGCCACACACCAAAUCUCUGCUUCGGACUCCGGGUGAAUUAACUACUGAGAAGCUCUGGGCGUUGAGAGAGCUGUCAUUUGCGAUAGACGAGUUCGUUUUUUGUAUUAGGCUGAAUUUUCACUGGACCGUGAUGUCAUUCCACUGUAAUGUCCACAUGUCUGCUGGGUGUCUUUUUGUGCACAAAUGAUUAUGGAAGUUAGAUCGUGUUAUCACUCUGCCUUGUGUAUAGUCAGAUAGUCCAUGCAAAGGCUGUAUAUAUUGAACAUUAUUUUUGUUGUUCUAUUAUAAAGCGUGUCGGUUACCAGUUUCAAUAAAGGAUUGGUGACAAACACAGAA